AUGGCAGAAAAUCCAAGGUAUGCUCGCCGGGGCCACACACACUUUAGUGUGGAACAGCUCCAGGCCCUGAAACAUGUGUUUGAAGAGACCACGUACCCAGAUUGGGCAACCACGGAGGAACUUAUUUCAAUUACUCAUCUUGAUGAGUCAGUAAUAAAGACUUGGUUCAAGAACCAGCGCGUCAAAAGGAAGAAAGAGCAGCAACCAAAUGGAUCAAAUUCAUCACAAGAAUCACGAAACCCGACCGUUCCAGGCAAGGAGGAGGAGGAGUCCUUACCUGUAACUUCGGCAAACACUCAUCGCAAGAGUCCCAGCAUUUCGGAUGCCUCUGACCAUGAACUGCCUCAGUUUUCCGAGAAUGACGAACCUGGUCCCUCCAGAGGGAAUUCAUCUUGGGAUUCUCAGCCUUCUGAUCUCCAAGAGAUAUGUCUGGGGGACUCUGAUCCUCCUUGGGCCUCCAGUCCCUAUGACAUAGAUCAGUUUAUACAGCUGUAUGCCUUACCUGGGGAUGAUGAUCCCAGCAGUCUAGAUCAGUACCUCUCCCCCAAGUGCCACAGUUGA